GGAGAGCAGCCGAGCCCACAGUGCCGCGGACAUGGAGCCCGAGCCGGAGCCCGAGCAUGUCACGCUGCUGGUGAAAAGCCCCAACCAGCGCCACCGCGACCUGGAGCUGAGCGGCGACCGCGCCUGGACAGUGGGCCACCUCAAGGCCCACCUGAGCCGCGUCUACCCCGAGCGCCCGCGUCCGGAGGACCAGAGGUUAAUUUAUUCUGGGAAGCUGUUGUUGGAUCACCAGUGUCUCAGGGACUUGCUUCCAAAGCAGGAAAAACGGCAUGUUUUGCAUCUGGUGUGCAAUGUGAGCAAUCCUUCAAAAACGUCAGAAACCAGCACAAAGGUUGCUGAAUCCACAGAGCAGCCAGCCAGUCCUAAUCCAGGACAGUAUCCUGGGGAUUCCUCCAGUGAAGGUUUAAGGCAAAGGGAAGCUCUUCGGAACCUUUCUCCCUCUGAAUGGGAGAACAUUUCAAGGCCUGAAGCUACACAGCAGGCAUUCCAGGGCCUGGGGCAUGGCUUCUCUGGCUACACGACCUACGGGUGGUUGCAGCUAUCCUGGUUCCAGCAGAUCUAUGCACGGCAGUACUACAUGCAGUAUUUAGCUGCCACUGCUGCAUCGGGGGCUUUUGUCCCAUCACCAAGUGCACAAGAGAUACCUGUGGUCUCUGCACCUGCUCCCACCUCUAUCCACAAUCAGUUUCCAGCUGAAAACCAGCCAGCCAAUCAGAAUGCAGCUCCUCAGGUGGUGGUUAAUCCUGGAGCCAAUCAAAAUUUGCGGAUGAACGCACAGGGCGGCCCUAUUGUGGAGGAAGAUGAUGAGAUCAAUCGCGAUUGGUUGGAUUGGACCUACUCAGCAGCAACGUUUUCCGUUUUCCUCAGCAUCCUCUACUUCUACUCCUCCCUGAGCAGAUUCCUCAUGGUCAUGGGGGCCACCGUUGUCAUGUACCUGCAUCACGUUGGGUGGUUUCCGUUUAGACCAAGGCCAGUUCAGAACUUCCCAAACGAUGGGCCUCCUCGUGAAGCCGUAAAUCAGGACCCCAACAAUAACCUACAGGAAGGUUCCGAUCCUGAAACUGAAGACCCCAACCACCUCCCUCCGAACAGGGAUGUCUUAAAUGAAGAGCAGACCAGCCCCUCAUUUAUGAACACUGCAUGGCUCGUUUUCAAGACUUUUUUUGCCUCUCUUCUUCCGGAAGGGCCCCCAGCCAUAGCAAACUGAUGGCAUUCGUAUUUAGCGGCUAGAGGCUUCCACAGGCAUGGACUGGAUCAUCUGGCUCCAGCUGGAUUUCCUCACCCGGAAGUGGCAGUGACCCGGAGUGAUUGAAAAACCAACAAGGAUGAUGAUAAUGCUUUUGUGAUCAGGCAAAAGCAAAAAUAAGACAUGAAGCCAUGAUACAUAUUGAUGAACAAAAAAAGUCCACGGCUUCUCAUGUCUUUAUUCUGAAGAGCUUUAAUAUAUACUGUAUGUAGUUUAAUAGGCUUUGUAAGUAGAGGGCAUUAAGUGUCGCAUGUUUAUGCCUGAGGAACUUCUCCAGAUGUGUGUCUGCAUGUGUGAUUGUAUAUAGACGUCCUAGAUGCAGAAAUGGUUCUGCUGGUAAGAUUUGAUUCCUGUUGGAAUGUUUAAAUUACACUAAGUGUACUACUUUAUAUAAUCAAUGAAAUUGCUAGACAUGUUUUAGCAGGACUUUUCUAGAAAGACUUAUGUAUAAUUGCUUUUUACGACGCAGGGCUUUACUUUAAACCCAGGGGAACUUUGCAGAGGUGAAAACCUUUGCCGGGUUUUCUGUUCAAUAAAGUUUUACUAUGAACGACCCCG